UCUACUCUUUCGUCCUCCGAACAGAGUUCAGUUCAGUUCAGUUCAGUCCAUAGUCAGAUGAACGAUAACGAUGAACGCAGAGAAGGAGAGAGAGACACUCCGUAUUGUUGCGUUUCCCACGAAUUCGUCCGAAUCGCGUUUGCAAACCCUAACAAAAUCGCAGUGGUUCAUGCUUCAGGCGUCGCUCACCUUUCCAGAGAGUUUUGCCGCCAAAAUCCUUCCUCGCCCAACUUCAAUGCAGACAUUACCACGCUCUUAGAAAAGCGCGUUGAAUCCACGUCACCGCCACUUUACCAUGGGGACCGUUCCUUCACUUAUUCUCAUCUCUUGAACGCUGUUAGUUCCCUCAGCUUCCGCCUCCGCUCUAUCCUGCUUGGUGCGGAUGACCCCCACUUGAUCACAGCCCAACCUCAAGGUAAUGAUGGUGUCGACUGUGAAGAGGAAAUACAGACACCUGAAUCCUUGGAAACUGUCAUGCCUAGUGAAGAGGCAUUGAUUGAAUCGAGCGAAGAGUAUAGGCCAAAGAUAGUGGGAAUUUAUAUGCCUCCUUCUGUUGAAUAUAUUGUUACUGUUCUUUCAGUACUGAGGUGUGGGGAAGCCUUCCUACCUCUGGACCCGUUUUGGCCAAACGAAAGGAUAUUGUCAGUUGCUUCUUCUUCAAAUGUUGAUCUCAUUAUAGGGUCCCAAUCCUCAUUUGGUAAAAGUGAUUUGGACAAGCUUGAUCUAUCGCAUUGGCUGCUAAAGUCAGUUAAUUGUCCUGUUUUGAACUACUCCAUUGAAGAGAACCGUCAAGAAUGUAGCUAUCCAGCAGAUUUGGCAUGGCCUUGUGCCAGUGAAAAGGAGAGAUCAUUUUGUUAUCUGAUGUACACUUCUGGAUCAACUGGAAAGCCUAAAGGAGUGUGUGGCACUGAACAAGGUCUUUCAAAUCGCUUUUUAUGGAUGCAAGGAAUGUAUCCUUUAAGUGGGCAGGAACUACUGUUGUUUAAGACGUCAAUUAGCUUCAUUGACCACCUGCAAGAAUUUCUCAGUGCUAUUCUGACUGCUUGUGUGCUAGUUAUUCCUCCUCCCAAUGAGCUAAAAGAAAAUAUAUAUUCUAUCAUAGAUUUUCUGCAGGCAUAUUUUGUUAAUAGGCUUACGGCUGUUCCAUCACUAAUGAGGACCAUUCUUCCUGGAUUGCAAACCCAUGCUAACAUGCGAGUUGGAAGUUCACUGAAAUUGCUUGUGCUUAGUGGUGAAACUUUUCCUUUGACCUUGUGGGAGAUGAUUUCAACUAUCUUACCAAAGACCUCCAUCUUGAAUUUAUAUGGAAGUACUGAGGUCUCUGGUGACUGUAUAUAUUUUGAUUGCAAGAGGAUACCGUUGAUUUUGAAGGAAGAAAUGCUAACCAGUGUUCCAAUAGGUUUACCCAUUACUAACUGUGAAGUGAUACUUCUUGGAAAAAAUGGUUCAUCGAAUGAGGGAGAGCUAUAUGUUGGUGGUUCUUGCAUCUCUAGAGGUUACUAUAACGAAUCUAAUACAAUAUCUGAUGCAUUUGUAAAAUUGCCUCGGAGUUACAGUUGUGAUGAUUCUCUUAAUGCUAGCCAAAGCCAAUUAUACUUUGUAACGGGUGAUUUAGUCAGACAGUUGCCAAGUGGUGACUUUGUAUUUUUUGGAAGAAAAGACCGCAUUAUAAAAGUCAAUGGACAGCGUAUUGCCUUAGAAGAAGUUGAAAACUUGCUAAGGGAACAUCCAUAUAUAAAUGAUGCCGCUGUAAUUUGUCAAAAUAAUCAAGCAGAACUUGUGUUUCUUGAAGCCUUUAUUAUAUUAAGGGACAAGGAAAGACUGGGUGAGUUAUUAAUACCUGCAAUCAGAAGUUGGAUGAUUAACAAACUUCCUUCAGUUGUGCUUCCCAACCGUUUCAUCUUUAUGGAAUCAUUUCCUGCAUUUCCUAGUGGUAAGAUUAAUUAUGAGUUGUUGGUUGGCUCAGCAUUAUUGACAAAGAAUGCCAAGGAUAAGGUUGGUAGCAUCGAUUGCAGCAAUCUUCUCCGACUUAUUAAAAAGGCCUUUCAUGAUGCUUUAAUGGUUGAAAGGAUUUGCAAUGAUGAUGAUUUCUUUAUGAUGGGUGGUAACUCUCUUUCUGCUGCACAUGUUGCUCAUAGUUUGGGGAUUGACUUGAGAUUUCUUUACUAUUAUCCAAGUCCUUUUAAGCUUUGUAUGGCUCUUCUCCAAAAAAGAGGAUCAUGCUCUUUGCAUAACAGGCUGGACAAUUGCUUGCAAAUAAACAGAGACAGUCAAGAUAAGCAUGUUUCUACCAAUCAUGCUGAAAAUUCUAGUCCUCUUCAGUCAAGAAUAAUUUCUGAAGAUAAUGAUGACAAUUCUUUUCCUUCCAAACGCUUAAAGAUGGGUUCUUCUUCUACGGAUGUUGCAUCACAAGGUGAUGAAUUGUUCUCAUGGUAUUCCCCUUAUCUAUUAUCAUCCUCAUUUAGCCGAUGCAACAAGGUUUUGCAUAAAGGGAAGCUGGCAGUAAUUGAUACACACCAAACAACUUGGUCUGCAAAUGUUCCAAGAGGUAGCAGAGGUCAUAUAAAAGAUUGUUGGAAAGUUUGCAUGGAAUCUUGUGUUGAUGCUUCACCAAUGCUUGUGUUUAAAGGCGUAGACAUUUAUUUGUUCAUUGGAUCUCACUCACAUAAAUUUCUCUGCUUAAAUGCUAGAAGUGGUUCUGUCCAGUGGGAGAUCAAACUAGAAGGACGUAUUGAAUGUACUGCAGCAAUUGUUUCUGAUUUUUCCCAGGUUGUUGUUGGAUGUUACAUGGGAAAAAUAUAUUUUCUUGAUUUUUUGAAUGGCAACAUCUGUUGGAUUUUCCAAACAUCUGGUGAGGUAAAAUCACAGCCAGUUGUAGACACAUUCAGACAGUUGAUCUGGUGUGGCUCACAUGAUCAUAACUUGUAUGCUCUUGACUACAAAAAACAUUGCUGUGUCUACAAGCUACCAUGUGGAGGCAGUAUAUAUGGGUCACCUGCCAUUGAUGAGGUUCGUGGCUUGCUUUAUGUAGCCGCUACUGGUGGUCGUAUAACAGCUAUAUCAAUAUCGACUUCUCCGUUUACUAUAUUGUGGCUACAUGAAUUAGAAGUCCCUGUGUUUGGUUCUCUUGCCGCCACCCCUAGUGGAACUGUAAUAUGUUGCUUGGUAGAUGGCCAUGUUCUUGCAUUCGAUCCAAAUGGAUCCUUAGUUUGGAAGAAAACAACUGAUGGUCCAAUAUUUGCUGGGCCAUGCAUACCUUCUGUUCUUCCUCAUGAGGUGCUUGUAUGCUCUAGAAGCGGAAGUGUGUCCUCAUUCAAACUGGAGGAGGGAGAUCUACUGUGGCAAUACAAUGUUGGAGAUCCAAUUACUGCAUCUGCUUAUGUUGACGAGCAUUUGCAGCUUAAAUCUGAUGCCUCCCAUUCUUCAGACAGGUUAAUUUGCAUUUGUUCCAGUUCUGGAGGCAUACACCUCCUUCGAGUGGACAUGAAUUUGUCUGAAGAAGCAAAUCAACAAACACGCUAUGUGCAAGAGUUUGCAAGGCUAAACUUGCCAGGGGAUAUAUUCUCUUCGCCUUUAAUGAUUGGUGGCCGGAUUUUUGUUGGUUGCCGGGAUGAUUAUUUGCACUGUAUUGCCCUUGAAAUUUCAAAGCAACAUGAAAGUUAAAGCUUAUGUAGUUUAAAUUUUGUUGAACUCUAAUUAGGAGCUUUGAUUCUGUAUUUAAAGUUUGAAAUUCAAGGCGCUGUAACCUAAGCUAUUAUGAGCUUAAGCUGUCUUUAGUUUCUCAGAUAGGAAAAAAAAAUUGAAAAAUAUUAACUUCAUCCUUAGGUUGAUUUUAUGUAAUUAAAAAUAUUGAGAAAUAAUAUUUAUUAUGUUG